GUAUCUGUUCAAUUCAACACAACAAUACUUGAACCUAAAGAAGGUUUGAGGAUGGACAUUAGAGCUGAUCCAAAUUCAACGGUGUAUGUUAUGAUUGAAGAUAAGAGGAGCAGACUCCUGGGCACUGGAAAUGAUGUGUUUGACAAUGAGAUUGUGUCCAUGGUGGAAAAUAUAGCUUCGUACGAUGAUGAUGUUGUAAUGCUGUCAGAUAUACCUAUAUUUACCGAGACCAAUGUCAUGGAUUUACUGAUGUUUAAUACAAGUCUACCUAAACAAUGUUUUCAUAUCACUACUCCACCUCCACAAUACUUCCCAACUUGGAUACCUGGAAUGGUCCCCACUCCUGCACCAGGUAAAGCUGUUCAUGUUUAA